AGACUCGCCACAGACAACAAACACACAGUCAUCCCAGCUCACCUCGGGACUCGCCGCUCUCACACUAAUUAAUCUCACUCUCCCAGUACUCUCACCUCUCCCGGCGCCAUGAACAGCAAGGUGGAGGCGUAUCUCACCGCCAAGAAGGAGAAUUCACCGGCUGAACUCUCUAAAAUAUUCGGAGAGAUGGAAGAAUUGUAUAAUAAGAAACUGUGGCACCAGCUGACCCUGGCACUGCUGGCCCUGGUGAAGGAGCCGGCCAUGAGAGAAGACGAACUUAUUGAUCUUUACACUAAUCUCAUCGCUGAGCUCGAGAACAAAGUGAACCCCCUGUCGCUGGCCCAGAUAGCAGGGGAGGUGAUCACGCAGCAUGUUGAUCCUAAUGAAGCAGUGACCUUUGUCGAACGCAUAAUUCCGAAAGUCCGCGACCACCAGGAGGCUCGCGUUCUUUCCAAUGUACUCAUAGCCCAGGUAACCUUGACCCGUCUCGAGGACCAGACCAAGACCAAGAAGAUUCUGGACGAGACGGAGAAACUUCUGGACGAGAUCGAUGGGGUCACUCCUGUGCAUGGGAAGUUCUAUCUACUGGCGUCUGAGCUGCACUGUCGGUCUGGGGCCCACGCAGAGUACUACCGGGCUGCCUUGCGUUACCUGGGCUGCAUUGACCUGGCCAGCCUGGAGGGGGAGCAGAGGGUUAAGCAAGCAUUCUACCUUGGCCUGGCUGCUCUGCUGGGUCAGGGCAUCUACAACUUUGGCGAACUGCUGGCCCACCCUAUCCUGGAGGCACUGGAGGGGUCGUCUUCCGAGUGGCUGCGUGACCUCCUCUUGGCAUUUAACGCUGGGGACAUCAACAAGUUUGAGUCAAUGAAGUCACAAUGGACCACUCAGCCGGACCUUCUCGCCAAGGAAAACCAGCUUAGAGAGAAAAUUAGGCUUCUGUGUCUUAUGGAGAUGACAUUCCAGCGCAAGGCAUGGGACCGACAGCUGACGUUUGCGGAGAUAGCGCGAGAGACAGGGCUGCCGGCGGGCCAAGUGGAGGUGAUGGUGAUGCGUGCACUGUCCCUCGGCCUGGUGAAGGGAACCAUUGACCAGGUGGACGGGAAGGUUAACAUCACCUGGGUGCAGCCUCGCGUCCUGGACAAGAAGCAGCUGGCGUCAAUGAUGGACCGUCUGGGUGACUGGUGUAAGGAUGUUAAUGGAAUGCAGACACUCCUCCAAGACCAGGCCUCAUCCAUCCUCACCCUGUAGUAGUAGUAGUAGUAGUAGUAGUAGUGGUAGUAGUAGUAGUAGUGGUAGAAGGAAGAGGAGGAAGAGAAGAAAAGAUGAAAGAUUGGAAGAAAGAGAAGGAGGAAGAGUAAGAGGAGGAGGAGGAGGAGGAGAUGGAAGAAUAAGAGAAGAAGGAGGAGGAGGAGGAAGAAAUCAUAUUAUCAUCUCUCUCUCUCUCUCUCUCUCUCCAAUAGAAUAAAAGCUUUGGGUAUUUUUUGUGUUAAUAAAAACCUAACUCAAA